CAUGAAAAACCGUUUUUAAAACCACUCGAGGCAAAGUAUAAAAAAACAUGUAAAUACAUAGUUUAUAUAAACAACAAUUGGCGAGGAAUAUGACAUUUUGGCGUGCCUGAGACAGGUCAUAUAAAGUCGAAGUGAAGGGGGUCCUUGCGCGCUUUUAGCGACAACAGCUGUUGAGAGGACCACUAGCGWGUACAGUCAAGACGCAAAGAAAAACUCCUUGUCUARCUUAACCAUGAAUGAUACCGUACAAAGAACAAAURCAACUGACUACUUCCAGCUUCCAGURUUUGCCGAUUCAAUCUUUUUAGCKGUGGAAAUAGGGUUUUCUUUAAUUGGUGUUUUGGGCAAUUUGUUGGUYGUCAUCGUGAUCACUAAACGAGCUAACAUGAAAACSACUAUGAACCUCUACUUGCGCAAUCUCGCCAUUGCUGAUGUGGGAGUUUUGGUUGUCAUCUGGCCGUUGUUUACAAUGACAGCUCGAACUAAUGACUGGCCGCUGGGAGAGUUCUUCUGCUUGUAUAUAUUGCCUGCUACGGAUAUCUUUUACGGUGCAUCGAUCUGGUCCAUCACUAUCAUUGCCAUAGAAAGAUAYAGGAACAUCAUCAGUCGUCGAUCGUUUGGUAGACGCGCAGAGUCGUCCAGGAAAAUAACAHUGAAGAUUCUUGUCAUUUGGUUCGUGUCCUUCCUUGUUGUAGCUGUWCCAAUGUACCCUAUCAUGUUCUACAAAGAAGACCGCCAAGGCAUCRUGUGUUACCCGGACUGGCCAAAGCAUCUCAGUGGAUUAAUGGUCAAGAUAUACACCUUCGUACUUGCAGCAUUCUGGUACGUCACACCGUUAGCGAUUAUCACGGCCACAUACUCCAAGAUAUCUAGUCAGCUCAAACAGAGCACUUUGUUUCACAAGAAAAUGCAUGGAGAUGACCGCAACAAGAGUCAAAUCAUCAAAGAAGAAGAAAAACAACGACUCAAGCAAAAUAAAAAAGCCAAACGCAUCCUUACUCCAUUAGUGAUUGUAUUCGCGAUCACUAUGCUUCCUUUUAACGUUUUUCGUUUUUUAGCUUCGUUUAAUGGAGAUUUCUACAAGAACAAGUAUUACUAUUUCUUUGGUAGUUUGUGUGUUUUGGGCGUUGUGAUUAAUUCAGCCGUCGAUCCARUAGUCUACUAYUURUCGAGUAAAGAGUUUCGUAAGGUACUGGAACCAAUGCUAAGCUGCAGUCAGAGAGCCAGCCGYGAAGAAACCAGCAAGAGUACCAAAACAAGCCCAACUCCGCGUAAGAUGACAAAUACCGACACUCCAUUACUACAGCACUGCACUGCGCAAUCAGAAAUGUGAUUGGAAAAAUUAGAAAUACAAUGAUGAAAUAGAUAGCGUUAAGUAGGAAAAAGAGAAAACGAUUUUCACUGAUCACCAAUGAAGAAGAAAAAGGGAAUUGAUUCGAAACAUUAAUCACAGAUAUCUAAUGAUAGCAAUCGUUUCUUGGUGUGGGGGAAAYGCAUUGGAACCCAAUCCAUACCGAAGAGGAUUUAUUAGAAAGWCGACCAUUUGUUUAUAAAGAUUGAUUGCUCAUAUUUGAUAUUAGCAGAACUUAUGUCAAGAACUGGAAACCAAUUUGAAUAGAGCAAUCUAUCAUAUUAUGUAAAUUAAACUGGCAUACCACAUAGUGCCGCAGAUUUCAUAUGUUAUUACACAAAUAAWGUACAACACAAUGUAAAUUAUUAAUUGACAGAUCGCUGUAGAAAAAAUAUGAUUUAGUUGCACAGGUGUCACAAAGAAACAACACAAAAAGCAAAUAAAAAAUGGGCAUGUAGCCAAAAUAUCUGCCUAAACUAUACACUACAAUUAUAUUAGUUUGGCUGUUUGUCAAUACACAGCCUGACAAUGUUUUCAACUUAGAAGGGUUCUAAGCAGAAUGCAGCUUGCUGCAUAAAGGGACAGAUAUUAUAAAUAUUCAGUGUGAUUUCAAUGUGUCUAACCGGUGCUCUAUUUGACUUGUACAAUAACAACACUGUCUUCAAUAUAAAACAAUGUACACAUUCAAAUGUAUGAAUGACAUAGAUUUUAAUGAUAUUUAAAAGAAAACUUGAUAUAUCACGAUAAAAUAAAACCUGUGAAAAC